AUGAGCGUUAUUCUCUGUACUGCUGGGUAUGACCAUACAAUCCGGUUUUGGGAGGCCCUUUCUGGCAUUUGCUCGCGAACAAUCCAGCACUCAGACUCCCAGGUAAACCGCCUAUGUAUCACUCCAGACAAGCGUUAUGUCGCAGCUGCGGGGCGGGACAAUGUGAAGCUUUACGAUAUCAAGUCCACCAACCCAAACCCCGUUAUGAGCUUCGAUGGCCAUACCAACAAUGUCACUGGUGUUGCAUUUCAUUGUGAAGGCAAAUGGAUGGUCACGAGUUCGGAAGACGGGACAGUAAAAGUAUGGGACACGCGCAUUGGGACCCUGCAGCGAAAUUAUGUACACCAGGCACCGGUCAAUGAUGUCGUAAUUCACCCCAACCAAGGAGAGCUGAUAACAUGCGAUCGUGCCGGCUUUGUUCGGGUCUGGGACUUGGGUGAGAGUAAAUGCACUCACCAACUUCAACCUGAGGAAGAUGUUGCCAUGGCGAGCGUAAGCGUUGCAAGUGAUGGUUCUUUAUUGUGCGCAGGCAACAACAAGGGAAAUGUAUAUCUCUGGCGGAUGAUCCAGGAUCGGGAUCUCACUAAAAUCGUACCAUUCAUCACAUUCCAGGCGCAUAAGGACUACCUCACCCGAGUUCUACUUUCUCCGGAUGUCAAGCACCUCGCCACAUGUUCAGCAGAUCAUACUGCCAAAGUUUGGUCGCUCGAUCCGGCCUAUGGGCAGCCCAGGGAUACUGAUGAAACGACACAAGGGGCAGAUGGAGAGAUAGACAAUGAGAAAUCACAACCCAAGGGUUCGACAGCGGCAGCAACAGACUCGAGACCCAUUACAAACGGCCAACAUGGCGCUUCUCGUGAUGGUAUUCGUGAUGACAUAUUCCUGGAUCCAUCGAAGGGUAAUCAACCCCUUACGGACACCAACGGCUCGACGAACCUGUUUCCUACCCCGUCCGAUGCGCCCAUAGAUCCCAACACCAAUGCCCCAUAUCUUGAGGCUACCUUAGCGAACCAUCAACGGUGGGUGUGGGAUUGCGCAUUCUCUGCAGAUUCAGCCUACCUUGUCACUGUUUCCAGUGACCAUUACGCUCGUUUGUGGGAGCUUUCAUCUGGCCAAAUCAUUCGUCAAUAUAGUGGACACCACCGUGGAGCGGUUUGUGUGGCGUUGAACGACUAUUCAGAACCUCGAUAA